CCUGAGUGAAUCUUGAGGCAAUUGCGCCUGCUCUUCGCUAGGUCCAGGUGGAGCGAUAAAGCUCCUUUGUUCGCACUUAUAUAUCGCGUCUACACGCCAUCAUUUACUUCAUUACCGCUCAACAUGGACCAUCAUUACCUCUUGUAUCCCGAUUAUGAUCCCAAUUUUCACGCAAAUCAAUUAGACCAGAUCAACCGUCAAUGGACGAGGCACGAUAGAAAUAGACUGAGAUGUACUACUGGGCCAGCAUACUUCCUCAGUGCCCAGGAUGGGCGAGAACCGCUUGAUACGUUGGUCCUAUCCGAGUCACUAGCUGAGAAGAUACAAAACGCUUUAUGUAUCGCCCACUCGUACUGGACUAUCCCGGAGAAGGUUGCUGAGGAAGAGAGGGUCCGUUUCGAAAACGAAGCAAGGGCUGAGGCCUGGCAGGAGGAGCUGGAACAUUUAAUCAAGAUCACAAAGAAAAAGCUUCAAAAAACAGGUCGAGCAGCUCGCGACGAAAGGAAAUGGUUGCGCGAGCUUUUAAGAGAGCGGAAGAAGUGUCAGAAAUCGCUAAAGUAUUAUCAAUAUGUUCGUCAAGAACAUGAAGACUUGGUGAAGUUGGGAAAGGCGAGAUGGAUAAACGCUUGGUUUGAAGUACAACAGGAGCUCGAUCGCCUAUGGGUGCAUGAUGGUCAGAUCAAGAGAUACUAUCCUGAACAACCACCCGGGCGGCAUGGUUCAAGGCCAAGACCCCGAGAGCCGCACGGCCGCUCGAGAUCCCAGGAAAGAAGACAUCGAAGCUCAUACCGCGAACAGAGGCGGGAGGCUAGAUCGCGAAGUACCAAUCAUGCCCAAUACUUUCACAAUGCGUCUCGGUCGAGGUCUCGUUCUCGGUCGCGAAGACGAGAUAGUAGGUCCAGGCACCGUGGGCAAGAGCCUCAGACGCGUAGACAUCGAAGCCAGGAUCGAUCAAAUGAGCGAAGCCGUGGACAAUCUCGCUAUGGCUCUCAGUCUCGUUCAGGGUCACGAAGGCAUGACCAUAGACAACACCAUGACCGGGCUUCAGAGCAUCGCAAUGCUGGUCUUAGGAAUCGUCCGCCUUCGCCAGCUUUAUCUUAUUCUCAUUCUCAGAGUGAUCCGGAACUGUGGCGCAUGGCGGAACUCAUUUGCGAUACGAGCGAAACACCUCCAGCACAUCUAGAGAUCACAGCAAAACCAUCGUGUGACUGGACGAGACCAGACGGAUAUCGAGCUGAAGCUAGCCGUAUAGCUGAACGUGACGUUAUGCCAUCAGCAAUUGUGGCGGAUGACGACGAGCUCUCAUUUAUCGAUGUAAGCACCGAUGACAGCAUGGAAGCAAUGGCAGAACAAAAUAUUACACACUCUACACCAAUAUCGCGACAGACUUGGGACUUCAAAGACGGCCUGUAUCGAUUGGCGUUAGAAUACGACAAGAGAGACACGCUGUCUCCAUCGCCGACCAAUCCAUCCGAAAAUCUGUCCUAUCGCCCCAGCGGCAUUAAGCGGAAGCGGGAAGACCAUGAACUGAGUGAAAGGAAGUCUCGGAAAGUAGUCGAGUCUCGCAACGGUGUGAGUGAAACCUCGAUACGUAAAGACUCAGCUAUCGAGUGGCCCCAGGAAGAAACGCGUGUGCAGGGAGUCGCUGGAAGAACUCCAGAAUCCAUGAGAAUGUCGAUACGUGACUUCUUCAAGCCGCACCAAAGUCGUGGCGAGAGUUUGUUUUAGAAUUUAGAUAAACGAUUGGAUGCGAAUUGUAGUCUGACCCCAGAGAGGUCUUUUUUGUUUUCAUGCGUGUUUGGGGCGCGGCCCAGUAGAUGCGAUCACGAGAGGGAGGAUGUGACGACUCGGACGCCAAGUAAUUGUGCAGACAAUCAAUUUGAUCAUAUUGGCGCGACUGUGAGCUCAUUCCGACUUCCGCUGCUUCAGUCGCUUUCUGAAUUGGGUCCAUGUUGGUGCAGUUGUAGCGCGUUGGAGUUGGGACGAUUCUAAGGUUAGAUUGUUAUGAUGUUUAAGUGGCUCGGAACGCGUGCCGGCUCAACCUUGGAAUCCGCGGCCCGGCACUGUAAUUUCUUGGCGUCCACGGGUCCC